AUGUGUAAACGAGCAAGGCUUCCAAACAGUUUUGUAGUCGGCGUGGAAAUCAAUGUAAACAGCUAUCAAAAAGAGCCAAAAAUUUUCCCAAUACCUUUUGAAAAUACCUGUCUGAAAGAAGCAUGGCUCAGUGAUUUGGAUAAUUCAUACACUUCGGACACCAUAUUUUACCUGGAUGGCAUGACCAUGGAAAUUAACUCUUCUUUUGAAAGUGCAUUACAUUUUUGUGUUGAAACUUGUAGCUUAAUCGGAUUCGAAUUCGAAUUUGAAAUCACCAUUGAGGACAUUGAUCCGUUAUACAAAAUUACAGACAGGUUCUUGAUCGAUGCAUUACAAAAGAAGAUUAAAGAAUAUAUUGCUGCUGCUUUAACUCCUGAGAAGGCCGCUGAAACUCUCUUUGAAACUGUUCAUUGCUGGCCUGAGCUUAAAGAGGAAGUAAUGAAAUAUGUGGUCGAAAACUUUAAUGAUGUGUUUAAGUCAUCGGGAUACCAAAAAUUCUGCAAGAAUCCUGACGAUUGUCCUUUAUUUCAUGAGCUUAAUACCGAAAUAUUUUGUUUAAUUUCAUGGAAUCUUAACCUUUUCAUUAUUGAAAGUUAG